AUGUCAUACAACUCUUAUCAGAGCCACCAGCAAGGUGGCAGGAUACAUAAACCACCAUACAACCAACGAGAACCAAGCCUGAACUUUCUGCAAAACAUUGAUCAUCAGCUUGCUAGUCAAGAAAAAAAGCAAGCUUUCAGAAGAACAGUUGAUCAUGGAAACAACAUGACUCGUUGGUUUAUAGAAAAGUCCAUGGGCAUAAAUACACGUCUUCAACAGCCUAUUGGAGUAGUACGACCCGAAAGCUCUUACUUAAUUGAUCUACUUCCUUCAUUAGCAUACUCCUCAAGCUUCAAUCUUGACAGAAGGAAUAAUAAAAACAACUUGGGGGCAUUAGACUUGGCAACAAAGUUGACGCAUUUGAGUUCAAACAAAGUCAAGCAUUCAAUAAAUACUGUAAAAUGGACUCCCGAAGGACGAAGGCUUUUGGUUGCGUCGCAUUCGGGUGAAUUUACUUUAUGGAAUGGAAUGACAUUCAACUUUGAAACUAUUAUGCAAGCCCAUGAAAGCCCCAUUUUGACAAUGAAAUAUUCUAAUAACGACGAAUGGUUGCUAAGUGGAGACCAGAAUGGAACUGUCAAAUAUUGGCAACCUAAUUUCAAUAAUGUCAACAAUAUAACUGCUCAUUCAAAUGGGGUACGAGAUAUUGCAUUUUCUCCAAAUGAUUCUAAAUUCCUAACUUGUGGUGACGACUCAAUGAUAAAGAUAUGGAAUUUCAGUAAUGGCCAAGAAGAAAGGACCUUGACGGGUCACAAUUGGGAAGUGAAAAGUGCUGAUUGGCAUCCUGACUUGGGACUCAUUGUCAGUGGAUCGAAAGAUAAUUUGGUCAAAUUGUGGGAUCCUCGAGCCUCACAAUGUAUUACCACAUUACACGGGUUCAAGCACACAGUGAAUACAACUCGGUUUCAACCAUGCGGGACAAAGAGAUUGUUGGCCUCAGUGUCGCGUGACCGUUCUUGUCGUGUAUUUGAUUUGACUACAAUGAAGGAUAUGUUGGUGAUUCGGGAUUCUGAAACUGAUCUUUCAUGCUGCGCAUGGCAUCCACAUCAUGCAUCAUUGUUGACUACAGCUGCUUUCAAUGGAGCCAUCAACCAUUACUUGCUAAACACUUACAUUCCAGACUCCAACGAUUCAAUACCAAAGAGGGCCAAUACCAGCGUAACUAAUGAAACGAACUCCAUCGAGGCGGCACAUCGUAUUCCUUAUGCACACGAAAAGGCAAUCCAUGCGUUGGAGUAUCACCCCAUGGGGCAUCUUCUUUGUUCAGCUGGAUCGGACAAGACUGCUAGGUUUUGGUCACGCGCAAGACCUAAUGACCCUAUGGCUUGGAAAGAUGCUGUUUACACAGAUGACAAAGUGGGAGCAUGGUACUACACAUUGAACAAUAAUGUGAAUGCUGUCAUGGAGAAUGUAUAA